AAUAAAAUCUCGCCUCGCUUCAGUCCCGGGCUCCCAGCCAAAGCCCCCCGUCGCCCACCACCCCCAAUCUCCACGCGUCGCCGCCGCCUGCCGGCGAGUCAGUCUAUCCCCCCUCCGCCACGCCGCCGAAGGUUCCCGACCCCGCGGCGGUUCGGAUAAGACGGUCGCCGCCGCCGGCCCCGCUCUCGCGCCGCGCUCCAAUCGGCCCCGGGACCGCUUCGGGCUGGAUCUAGGGUUGCGUGGGGAGGGGUUCUGGAAGCCCCCGCCGCGAUGGACGCGGCGGGCGACGGCGGCCACGGCUUCAAGGCCGUCUUCACCGCCGCCGGCGAGGAGCUGCUCCAGGGGCGCGUGCGGGAGAAGCUGCGCGAGCUCAGGAGCGCCCCCGAGCACAGCCUCCUGUGCAGGAUUAUGUUAUGAUGUUGCUCAAGAAUGGAAGAUCUAAGCAAACGGCCAGAGCGGAGCUUGAAGUAUUUCUAGGGGAUGAUACUGAUGCAUUCGUUUCCUGGUUGUGGGAGCAUGUUUCUUCACACUUGCACCUUUAUGUGCAAGCACAAGAACAAAAUCAGGAGACUAAGAAUGAUGAGUCUCCCAAAGAAGUAUCUGGAAGACAAAAAUCAUCAGAUGUGCUCCCAAGAAGCAACGGUCAAACUCAUUCUGAGCAUACAAUUGAAUCAAGUACAGCCACAAGGAGACGGAAUAAGAGGGAGUGGAAAGGAAUUGGUCGGGAGGGUAAUGAAAAUUUUCCACUUCGAAGUGUACUAACUGAUAUUCUUCAUGGAGAGGAGAAAAGAUCACAAAAAUCUAGUGAAAUACGACACCCUCCAUCAAGGCAACAGAAUGGCAGGAAGCGUGAAAGGGACGAUGAGCCACAGCAAACAAAGAGAGACAUCUCAUCACGCCCCAUGAUAGGUGGUGGUGCCUCUCGCCGUCUCCUACAGUUUGCUGUUCGAGAUGCAGUAAAAGCUGUACAGCCAACCAGCAGCUCUGCUGAACCAGCAUCCAAGCGUCUGCGCUCUGUGGUUUCCACAACUUCUGCAGAGAACAUGUGUCAUAGGAGAUCAGAAAGAUCUCAAGACAAGCUGCGUGAUAGAAGAUCAGAAAGAUCUCAAGAUAACCCAAGUGAUGAAAGAUCAGAAAGAUCUCAAGACAACCCGAGUGAUAGGAGAUCAGAAAGAACUAGGCCAACACUACAGGUGCAGGGAGCUGCUUUAGCUCUUAGAGCUGCAGCAGAAGCUGCUGCAGAUUCUACCAAAGUUAGAUCUACUGGAAGUGUUUUCAAGCGAUUGGGUCAAGGGAAUGUUGUUAAACAGCCAUCUCGUUCUCGUGAAGAGAAGAGAGAUUAUGAAGAUUUUGAACCAGUUAUGACCAUAGAUGAACAUGAUUCUGAUCGAUAUGUUAAUAAUGAAGAAUCUGAAGAGGAAUCAGGAGAGCUGACCAUGACAGAUCGGGUAGCUGAAAUGAAUGUUGAUUCGAGCUCUGAAGAUGAUAUGGACCGAGAUGAGGGGAUUACAAGAUACCAAACCUCUAUUUCACAUGAAGGUGCUUUCUCAUUGUUUGAAGAGAAGAAAGCUUUAUCGACAAAAUGCAGUGUUGAACUAGAGACAGAUGCAAUAAGGUCUUCAAGUGUGAUUGCUGAGGAACAACCUGUUCCUUCAUCAACAAAAACAGCAAAUAAAGCUGUGGCUAGUUCUGUUGAUGUUAAUACAGUGGAACCUGUUAGUUAUGAAACUCCAAAAGAUGUUCAUGUUGUGGAGAAGCCUUAUGUUACACCCUUGAAUUCAAAUGCGACCAGCGUGGCCACCAAUGCCAAAGAAUCAGGUCAUGCAGAAGUCCAAAAGGAUUCUCAGCGGGCUGCACCAUCUGUUGCAGUUUCAUAUAGCACAGCACACCCAACUGAGGAUGCAGAUUCGAGAACCCUCUACAUUAGCAAUGUGCACUUCGCUGCCAAAAAGGACUCAUUAUCUCGCCAUUUCAACAAGUUUGGUGCAGUACUGAAAGUAGUCAUUGUCACUAAUGCUGCAACGGGUCAGCCAACAGGAUCUGCCUAUGUAGAGUUUUUACACAAAGAAUCAGCUGAACGUGCUUUGUCAUUGAAUGGCACAUCAUUUAUGACUCGUAUUCUUAAGGUUGUCCGUCGAAGUUCUCAUGAAGCCGCUCACUUCUAUGGUUGGCCUGGUAGUGGACGAUCAUCAUUGUAUGGUAGGCACGGUAGGAUGGCAUACCCAAGGGCUGUUCUCCCUGGCGGUUCCUUUAGAGGGCGUGCUCCGAUGAAAGCUGGUGCUAGAAGUUUACAGUGGAAACGUGAGCCUUCAGGCACUGAUUCAGGUGCAAAAACUGACAUGAGUGUGCCGUUAUCCUCUGAGCAGGUGCUCCCACCUGCUACAUAGGAGAGCAUGUUAUAGUUAAGCUGAUAACAAGAACCAAUUGGUAUCUUGCUCGUUGCCCCUAAUGGUUAAAUUUGGACAGCAAGCUGAGAAGAUUGUUCCUUCCUGCUGCACUGUAAAAAAGUCCAAAAAAAGCAUGCAGAAUAGAAAAUGUUAAAAAUAAGAAAACGGGGGAUGAGGUUGGCAUCAGAAAUAUGAUAAGCUUAUCAUGCUGAUAACUGGAGUUGGUCCUCUUCACAACAUGUGAGCAGGCUAACAUACUAGCCAAGCAGUUUUCUUUCUACUCCAGCCAUCUGAAAGAGGAUCAUCCAUAUUUGUGAUAAUCACAACCUUUUGGUUGUGUUCAGUCAUGGGCAGGAUUGAUGAACAUAUGCUUCAAGCUUGUGGGAUGGCAGAUGCUUAUCAAGUAAAAAAAGAUGAGCAGAUUUUGGUCAAGACAUUUAGUGAUCAUGGAUGUAAGCCUUAAUUGUAUAGCAAUAACCAAUCUAUUUAUACCCUUUCUCUGAAUCAAUAUCUUCCCCAACCAAAAAAAAGGAAAAUGACAAAAAAAAAGUGUGUUCUUUAUUCUUUUUUUCUCAUGAACUGUUCUAUUUAUUGUACUGGUAUGAUAUUUUAGUUGGACAUUCAUUGUGAACAUUUUUACAGUACUUAUCCUGUGUGGUCUAUAAUGAGAUUGAACAUGUUGCUUGACUCUUUGAUCAAAA